AGUUACUCCAGAAAUAAUUAUACUUCUAAUCCUAGAUACGAACCGAGGGGAUCCCUGAAUUAGCAAGUACCGAUAUACCGUUGGCCAGGCGAAAAGCACCACGCAACAUGCCGCUCAACGCGCAAACGAAGGUCCUGUUCUUCGAUAUCUUCGGCACAACCGUGCAGUGGCGCACAAGCGUCACGAAAGCCCUCCAAGAAGCCAGCGCCAAAGCCCUGAGCGAGACCAGUCUACCCGGCGAUGUCCGCGCCCAGGCGUCCGCCAUGACAGACGACGACUGGCGCUGCAUGGUCGAGGACUGGCGCGCCGCGUACAGCCGGUUCACACGUAGCUAUGACCCGGCCCAGUCCCGGGGGCGAUCGUUCGUCUCGAUCGACCAGCACCACUACGAUGCGCUCGUGGAGAUCCUGUGCCAGCGACAGCUCGAGGGCCUCUUCCCCGAGGCGCAGCUCCGGGCCCUGGUUCUGAGCUGGCAUGGUCUCGACCCCUGGGACGAUACAGUGCCGGGAUUGGCGCUGCUCGGGCGCCAGUUCCGCACGGCGGCGCUCUCCAACGCGAAUGUGUCCCUGCUUGAGGAUCUGGUCCGGCAUGGGUCCCUGCCGUUCACGGAUCUCGUGAGUGCGGAGACCUUUGCGGCGUAUAAGCCGUCGCCGCGGGUGUAUCUUGGGGCGGCGGGAAAGCUGGGGUUCCAGCCGGGUGAGUGUGCGCUUGUAGCUGCGCACUUGGACGAUCUAAGGGGGGCCAAGGAAUGCGGGUUUGGGACGAUCUAUGUUGAGCGAGUUGGCGAGGAGAAGCUGAAGCUGGAGGAUGCGGUCGAGGAGGAGUAUGUGGAUUUGUCGGUGGAGUUUGGGAGCGGUGGGUUUGUGGAGAUUGCGAGGUUGCUUGGGGUUCAUGAAGUACAAGAUAUCUACCUGGAUACGUACGUCUUUGCUCCUGUUGAGCCCAUUCAGAGACAGCUCCAUGCUAAGAAAUGCCUCAUGCCUCAUCACUGCUCUGUCCGUCCAGAGGAUAUCGUGUGGAGGCAGCAAAUAAAAGCAUUCGGCCGAAGCGACAGCGGAAUGAGCCUUUAG